CAGUAAUUCCUAUACACUCCUGUCAAGUGUACGCCGCAGUACAUAGGUUUGUUUGUAAACAAACAAUCACGUGACCGGGUUCAGUUCUGCACCGAACUCAGAGCAAGGUUGGAGAAGCCUGUAACUCCGUCCUGAUAAUAUAUCUCUAACUUGAUUUUAUUCGCUUGGAGUUGAGUUGAGUGAAACUACUAAGUGUGAUUUGACUCAUAUAUAUACAGUAUACAGGGUAUACAUCCGGAACUUGAGAUCAGCUGAUACUUCAGAGAAAGUUUAAGUUCUUCAAUCGAACGUUCACCAAAGGAUUUGAAGCCGGAUUAUGGGGAAGAUGAAGGAUUCUAGUCUGCUCAAGUGGGCCCACAACAACAAUAAAAACAAUAAUAAAGGUACCUGGGAUCUACUGAAGUUGACCAGCCUAAGGGAAUAGAGGUUGUAAAGGAGGGAAUAAGAAAACUCAAGUUUGCCUCGCAGCAGAUCAAGAAGGAAGGAACUAAAAUACCCAAGGUGGAACUAACCGUGUCAGUGGAUGGAGUAGCUAUCCAGGAUCCUAAAUCUAAAACUAUUAGAAACCAGUAUCCACUACACAGGAUUUCCUACUGUGCAGAUGAUAAGGCGGAGAAGAGAUUUUUCAGUUUUAUUGCAAAGGAGGAGGAUGAUAAGCACACAUGCUUUGUUUUUGUCAGCGAUAAAUUGGCCGAGGAGAUUACAUUGACUAUCGGUCAGGCGUUUGACCUGGCGUACAAGAGAUAUCUGUCCGGGUCCCAGGGUAGCAGGGGGGAAUCAGCAUCACAAGAUGCAGAGAGUCGAAUACUGAAGGAAAGAUUACGCGAGCUCUCCUCUCUUCUCUCUCCUACUCAACUCAACAACUUCCUUGAUAAACACAAUAUAACCGACGUUUGUGAGAUAAAGGGAGAAACAGAUAACCAGUCAAACAACGGGAAUGUUAAGGCAAUGAGUUUGGACUCCAGUCAGGCUAGUGUCGAUCAAUCAGCUGACGAUCAGCUGAUCAAUCUUGAUGCUCCGGUCUCCAAGUUCGACAACAUGACUCUUGACGAUUUAAACGACGACGAUUUCGACCCCCGUGCCGGCGAUCAAACAGGCGACUCCGACAGCAGCGACGAUUUCAAUCCUCGAUCCUUCCCCGUCCUGCCGUCGCCGGUCAAGGGGCUAAUAUCGCCACCGGCACUUCCUCCUCGUGAGCAGGGGACCGUAAAACCGGUUUCAAAUAAUCCGUUCAUCUCGCCGGCAGGUUUAACUGGCUUCUCACAGGAUCCUUUCGGAAUGCCAACAUUUAAUACUCCAGAUAAGAAGGUUGGGCAACCUCUUGACUUCGGUACAACAAUUCCAGAUGUUUUUGCAGACCUUGAUCCAUUGCAGAAAUAGAAACCUUGCAAAUAUUUUGCAGAUAAUUUGAUAUUUGCCAUUCUUUGCCGAUUUUGGUAUUUAUUGGCGAUAUUUGCCUUUCGAUGGCAAUUUAUCCACUUUGAAGGCAAUAUUUGUCUUUGAGAAGUUUUGAAACCGUUUUUUGAAACCAUCAUUGAGAAUUAUAUGAUAUAUAUAUUUACGUGUUCUAAGCACAGCGUGAACGGUACCAAACUAACAAAAGUUUAAUAUUGAGCGUUCAUUUAAUUCAUCUUUGUAUAUGAAAGACAA